AUGCCUGCUAUCGAAGGAACUGCCGCCGGCAGUCGCUCUUCUCCUCGCUGGUCCAGCGACGAAGUGACCGUACUCUUCGUCCUUGGCGGCCCCGGCGCAGGAAAGGGCACUCAAUGUACGAAGCUCGUCAGCGACUAUGGCUUCAAGCAUCUCUCUGCCGGCGACCUGCUGCGUGAGGAGCAGGACCGUGCGGGCAGCGAAUUCGGCGAGAUGAUCAAGACGUACAUCAAGGAAGGCACCAUUGUACCUAUGGAGGUUACCGUUCAGCUACUAGAGAAUGCUAUGCAGAGUAGCAUGGAGAGCGGAGAGAACCACGGAAACCUGUUCCUGAUUGACGGUUUCCCACGCAAACUCGAUCAAGCCCACGCAUUCGAGCGCUCUGUCUGCCCUUCCAAAUUCACCAUUUUCUUCGACUGCUCCGAGGCUGUCAUGGAGAAGCGACUCCUCCACCGCGGCGAGACAUCCGGCCGCGCAGACGACAAUCCGGAGAGUAUCAGAAAGCGUUUCAGGACAUUCGUGGAGACAAGCAUGCCUGUGGUCAAGGAGUUUGAGUCGCAGGACAGAGUUGUCAAGAUCAACGCGGAACAAGAGCCUAACCAAGUUUACCGGGAUGUGCAGGAGAAGCUCAAGGAGCGGGGCGUGAAGCCCAUCAACCUUACCUUCGUACAGACGCAGGCUUCAUAG